CUAAAAGGCAAAGUGCUAAAGGAUAUUAAAGACUACUAUAGUGCAAUAGGGCUAUCUGGCCUAAUACUUACUUCUUUGCUGGAAGACAAUAGCCUAGCUAUUAAACUAUUUACUAUAUUAAAUAGAUAUAGUUACGCUAUAUAUAAGUAUCUUAUAGUUAUAUAA